GUUCCAUUCUCCAUUAUUCAUUAAUACAGUAUCCAUAUCGCUAUCAUACUUCUCGUGGUAAUCGACCAAAUAUAAUAAUUUAAUCUCUCUAAUAUGUAAUUGUUCCACACCAAAGCCAAUAAUAAUAAACUGCCUCCAUUCAGAUUUCCCGGUUUGUUUUCUCUCUGUUUACUAAUUACCUAGAGAGUUAGACCACAAGUACAAGUACGGACUGUUCACACAAUCAAUGAUGCUUUCCAUUCCUUUCUUCGAAUUUUCUCUCGUACACCCGCGUGCACAAUAAUACCUACCUCCUUCCUGAUCUAUUGACAUUGUCAUUGAAGAUCCUGUUCAAUAUACCCAUUGAUACCAAUUGCAUUCUUGAACACACCUCACAUAAAUAAAUUAAUCGCGGGGUAACCUUAAGGUGUUGCAAAAAUCAAAACCAUGCUUCGCACAACAGCUACACGCUCUCUUUUGAAGAGCUUCACAAAACUUCCUACCUCUCGAGCAAGCUAUUCUCAAGCUUCCGCAGCUCUCAAAGAUAUUUCUUCUUUCCGCACAUCGAUUUCUAGACGCCCUGCAACCCUCUCCUCCCGUCUCUUUUAUGCCACCAAAUCUGAACCUCCCUACGUACCCGACCAAAUAAAUUUCAAAGAAGAAGAUAAGAUCGGAAAACAAACCAUCGAAGCACAUCCCGAAUCCGUAUCAUCGCAUUCCUCCGUUCGUCCCGUAUUCGAAGAAAAUCCACACCACGAAAGUCAUGGAUCGGUGAAAGAUGAUUUGGAAACUAUCAAGGAAACAUUUGCUCUACGAGAAGUGCCCAAGGAAUCUCUGAUAAUUGGUGCUGCGGGUGUUUUACCUUAUGCUGCUACAUCGGCUUCUACAGUGUAUCUGGCUUAUGAUAUCAAUCAAGCUCAUGCUACUGGACAAGGUAUCUUAUUUUCACCCGAGACGGCUCACCAAUUAUUGGAUUAUAUUACACCUAUUCAAGUCGGAUAUGGUGCUGUUAUUAUUUCUUUCCUCGGUGCCAUUCACUGGGGUCUUGAAUAUGCAGGUUAUGGCGGACAACAGAGUUACCGUCGAUACAUGAUUGGAGUUGUUGCUCCUGCAGUCGCGUGGCCUACUAUCCUUAUGCCAGUCGAAUAUGCUUUAAUUACCCAAUUCACCGCUUUCACAUUCCUCUAUUUCACAGAUGCCCGAGCCACAGUUCGAGGAUGGUGUCCUCCUUGGUACAGCACAUAUCGAUUUGUCUUGACAUUUAUUGUGGGAGCGGCAAUCGUGGCAAGUUUGGUCGGUAGAGGAAGAAUCGUCAGCCAUGAUAGACAAUUGAGAAGUGCAGUUGAUUAUGUUAAAGAGGACAGAGAUGGUCAGUGGAUUGCAUUGGAGCAGGAAGAAAAGAUGAGAAGGGCGAAGUUGGCUGAAGAGGAGAAGGCGGACGAGGAAGAAGAGGCACAAGAUGAAUCUGGAGAUGAGGAGGAAAGUGAUAAUGAAGAUGAGAAGGAUGAGAAGAAAUAAAUCACCAUCCGGGACGAUUUGUACAUACUUAACUUUCUCUCUAUCUGUCUUCAUCAUCCCCUUUUCCGCAACCAAUUAAUGUCUGAUAUUACUUCAGCCUUAAUUCGAUCUAAUCCAUUGCCUGCAGAUGUAUUUUCUAGUAUUUAGCAAGUUAGCAAGACAGCAAGUUUAAAAUAAUUACAACAAGAUUCUCGUCACCAUAUCGUAG